UCAGGACUCGAGUUUCCCGGGAAGAGGCGCGGCCCGACACGAGCGAGAGCGGGUAGAGCGCGCCGGGUGCGUUCCGGCGGACCCAGCGCUCGGCUGUGACCUUGGCCGCGGGGGAGGGGCCCGGCCCCUGCGGGGCAGCCGCCGCCCGCCAGAGGGGGCAGCGGCGACCAACUUGCUCAAGUUGGCGGCGCGGGCUGGGGCGGCUCCGGCUCCGGCGCCUCCUCCCGCUUCCCCGGUCCUCCUCCCGCGGCGCUCCUCCCAGCGGCCGCCGCCCGCCCGGUGCGCGCCCAGCCCUGCCCGCAUCCCCGCGCCGAGCCGCCGCGCCGCCGCCACCGCCGCCACCAGCGCCGGACGGGACGGGCCGGGCCGGGCGCGCCCCCCGGGCCCCGCAGCGGGCAUGGGCGCGCAGGCCCGGGCGCUGCUGCUGCCGCUGCUGGCCCAGUGGCUCCUGCGCGCAGCCCCGGCGCCGGCCCCCGCACCCCUCACGCUGCCCCUCCGCGUGGCCGCGCCCACCCCCGGGUCCGGGACCCCCGCCGCGCCCCGCGCUGCGCCCCAAGCCGACGGCCUGGCGCUCGCCCUGGAGCCCGCCGGCGGCGCAGCCAACUUCUUGGCCAUGGUGGACAACCUGCAGGGGGACUCCGGCCGUGGCUACUACCUGGAGAUGCUGAUCGGAACCCCCCCGCAGAAGCUGCAGAUUCUCGUUGACACUGGAAGCAGCAACUUCGCCGUGGCAGGUGCCCCGCACUCUUACAUAGACUCGUACUUUGAUGCGGAGAGGUCGAGCACUUACCGCUCCAAGGGCUUCGAUGUCACGGUGAAGUACACGCAGGGAAGCUGGACGGGCUUCGUAGGGGAGGACGUCGUCACCAUCCCGAAAGGCUUCAACAGCUCAUUCCUCGUCAACAUCGCCACUAUCUUUGAGUCUGAGAAUUUCUUUCUGCCUGGGAUCAAGUGGAACGGGAUCCUGGGACUCGCCUAUGCUGCUCUGGCCAAGCCGUCAAGUUCCCUGGAGACGUUCUUCGACUCCCUGGUGGCCCAAGCAAGGAUCCCCAACGUCUUCUCCAUGCAGAUGUGUGGGGCGGGGCUGCCCGUGGCUGGAUCUGGUACCAACGGAGGUAGUCUUGUCCUGGGUGGAAUUGAGCCAAGCUUGUACAAAGGAGACAUCUGGUAUACCCCUAUUAAGGAGGAGUGGUACUACCAGAUAGAAAUUCUCAAGCUGGAAAUCGGAGGCCAGAGCCUGAAUCUGGAUUGCAGAGAGUAUAACGCAGACAAGGCCAUCGUGGACAGCGGCACCACACUCCUGCGCCUACCCCAGAAGGUGUUCAACGCGGUGGUUGAGGCGGUGGCCCGCACGUCUCUGAUUCCAGAAUUCUCUGAUGGUUUCUGGACCGGGUCCCAGCUGGCUUGUUGGACCAAUUCGGAGACACCUUGGUCUUACUUCCCAAAAAUCUCCAUCUACCUGAGAGACGAGAACUCCAGCCAGUCGUUCCGUGUAACCAUCCUGCCUCAGCUCUACAUCCAGCCCAUGAUGGGGGCCGGCCUGAAUUAUGAAUGCUACCGAUUCGGCAUUUCACCUUCCACAAAUGCGCUGGUGAUUGGUGCGACCGUGAUGGAGGGCUUCUACGUGAUCUUCGACAGAGCUCGGAAGAGGGUGGGCUUUGCAGCCAGCCCCUGUGCAGAAAUUGCAGGUUCUCCAGUGUCUGAAAUCUCUGGGCCUUUCUCAACAGACGACAUAGCCAGCAACUGCGUCCCCGCCCUGCCUCUGAAUGAGCCCAUCCUGUGGAUUGUGUCCUACGCGCUCAUGAGCGUGUGUGGAAUCAUCCUUCUCACCCUCAUCGUCCUGCUGCUCCUUCCCUUUCGGUGUCGGCACCUGCCCCGCGACCCCGAGGUGGUCAAUGACGAGUCCUCGCUCGUCCGGCAUCGCUGGAAAUGAAGAGCGAGCGGAACCCGAGCUCGAGCGACCUUGAACUCUCAGCGAAGAGAAUUCCGUUACCCGUGGAGCAGGCGAGGUCAUGAGGCAGGGUGUCUUCCUGGUCCACUAGUCUCAAAUCUGUUCUGCUCCCAGAUGCCUUCCAGAUUCACUGUAUUCUGAUUCUUGAUCUUAAAGCUUCCUUCUUCUCCCUCACUUCCAAGAAAAAUUAUAAUAAAAACCACCUCAUUCUAAACCAAAA